GUAUCUCGUAUCUCACAGGUCAUAACAGUCUAGAAUCGUUAGAAUAAAGCAUCGGAUCGUCUCACGCAUUAUAAUGUCGCGCGUUAGUCUCGUAUUGCUCGUUGCGAUCGCGGUGCUUUUCAGCACGGCUACCUCACAAGAUUCUGAGUCAUGUCCGGAAAAUCAAGAAUGGACCACUUGUGGAUCAGCAUGUCCGGAGCGCUGUGACACGGAUCCUAAUCAUCCUAAACCUUGCAUACUGAAAUGCGUAAUCGGCUGCCAAUGCAAGGAGAAUUUUGUGUUGAACAGCAACGGAAAGUGUGUCUCUAAAAAUGAGUGCUAAAUACCAAACGAGACAUGCGUCUACUGAAGUGAUGUUCGAAAGUCCGAGGUCGACUCGGAAAAAUUCGGACCGAAAGUUAUGCUUGUAUAAUGUCUAAAUAUAGAUUAGUUGCUAUCAGUUGGUGUUAUAUGUUUAUAAACUCGAUUACUUAUUGAACACAGAUGAGAAAUUGAAAUUACCGAGAUAUUCCUUCGCGUUAUUCUAUUGAUAUUCUGUGAGAUAUUCACGUUUAACGUUUCUUUAUAUAUCAAAGUGGUUAAAAAUAAAGGUCAACAUAGAUAACACA